ACCAACUUCACCGCGGUGCUGUACAUAAUGCAAAGUAACCCGUGUAUUAUUCGUUUUUCAAAAAAAAAAAAGGAAACACCAAUUUUUUUAACAAGUAAAAACAAUUAAUGCCACUGUUUUUGAGUUUGUGCUAAAAAAAAAAAAAAGGAAUAAGUAGUGCGACUUUGAACUUCCCACUUUCGGUUUUGCCUCGGACACAAGUCCUGUCACCGGAGGUUUACUUAUUUCUUCUUGUAUUGUGUUUUAUUUUAUUAAUUAUUAUUUUAAAAAAUAUAUCUGAAUAGCCCGAUAAUUUCCGUGACAUUUAAAAAAACCAAAACAGAAACUCUCUGAGAAACUGAAACCAACAUAAAAGCAGCCGCAGGGGGAUUUUAUGGGCAGGGCUUUUAAACUUUCACACAAUAACGGCGUCGAAAGCGGACAACGAGCAACAAAGUCUUUGGGCGUACUGGUCUAGUGAAAUAAGCACUUCUGGCAGAACAAACAAUCAGCUCAAUUGGUGCUGCCUCCUUGCACUUCCAAAACAGGUUACUUGUAGAACCACAAUCUCAAAAGUCCUAAUCUUUAUAGAUUAGUUCAGGCCAGAAAUACCAAAGAUUAACCAUUUUCCAAAACAAGAAAAGGCGAAAGCACGAUGGAACAAGAGUUGGACUACUGUGUUCUUAUGAAUGGGAUUGAGGAGCUUGAUUUUCAAGGGAGUGCAGUGCCAAGUGAUCUUGUGCUUAUAGGCAGACAUGCCUUCCCACUCUUAAUGAAUCCAAGAGGUCAGGUCCUAAUGGCUGCAUCUCGCUAUGGUCAGGGACGUAUAGUAGUGCUGGGACAUGAGAUGUAUUUAACAUGUUUCCCAAGCCUGGUGGAAAAUGCCUUGACAUGGCUUAUGCCAACUGAGUCUAAAAGCAAAACAGUAGGUGUUCAAGAGAGUCUCAGAUCCCUUGCAGUUAAGUUAUCCUCCAGCUCUAUAAAAACUGAGGUAGGACAUUUCAAAAAUGUUGGUUUAGCAGUCUAUGUCACCGAUGCCUACAGUGUUAAUUCAUGUGCCAAAGAGUUAGUAGCCUUUCUUAAAUCUGGGGGAGGCUUGCUUAUUGCUGGUCAGGCUUGGAACUGGGCUCAAACCCACCCAGGAGAAAAUUCACUGCUCUGCUUUCCUGGCAAUAAAGUGUGCAGUGUGGCAGGAAUCUAUUUCUCAACGAUUACAGGGGAAGUUGGCAAAUUUCCUGUGACUAGGCAAAUCCCAUCAAGCUGGCUGGCAGUGUCGACUGGUAAGGACUUCAAAGAGGACUUAAAGUUUCUACUCCAAGGUGUCUCAGAGUUUGAUGUUCGAGGUGAAUCUUUAGCAUCUGAUGUGAUGGCACAUGGACCUUUGGCCUUUCCUGUUGCAUUUACCCCAUGUGGUAAAGCAUUUAUUGCUGGGGCCUACUAUGGACAGGGGAGAAUAAUUGUGGUCACUCAUGAAGGCUACCUUGGUCGCGAUUCACUGUCUGUCUUCUUGAUCAACGCUCUACGCUGGCUUGAUGAGGGGCGCAAUGGGGUCAUCGGAAUCGUUCCCCAACUUCAUUAUGCCCAUGAUGUCCUGAGCAAGUCAGGACUAAAUUGUCAAGUCACCGGAUUCAUGAAAGAUCUAAGUGUCUUUGUCUGUACCUCUUACGAUGAUUCUCAACGUCACCAGAUUCAGGAGUUUGUUGCAGAGGGUGGAGGCCUCAUGAUAGGAGGACAUGCUUGGUACUGGGCACAGUGUAACCCUAAUCGCAAUGUGAUGAUGGACUGCCCAGGGAACCGUAUCCUCAAUAAAAUGGGACUGUGUCUCAUGGCGGAUAUAAUAAAUGGUGGCUUAUAUAAAGCCCAGCAAAAAAAUCAAGAUGGGGAGAGUGAUACACUACCAUACCAUUUUUGUGACUUGAUGCGGCGCUUUGCCGGCCAUGUCAUCCAAGGCCAGUAUCUUACCGAACAUGAACAGCAAUGUCUGCAGAAGCUGAGGAAUGAUUGUACAAAUUAUCUGCGCAUGCAGGCUUAUGACAGCGUUUCAUAUACUUCAAUGGUUGCACUGAUCACAGAUAUGGUGAAAAGGGCAGGAGUUCCACAGGUGUGUCUGACAUGUCCUGUUCAAAAUAACAAAGAUAGAAUUCUGCUUGAUGUGGGAAGUGAGGUGUACAGGGUGUGCAAAGAUCCUGAUGCACUUUUGCCGUUCAUCAUUAGCAACAAACCCAACCUACCUGCAGUGUCAAAGGCAAGAAUCAGGAUCAGUGCGGACACAUCAGAAUGUGAAGAAUGGAUAAGCACAGGUCUGUACCUCUCUCCUGGAAUGAAGUCUGAUGUUGCAGUACCCCAAGAAAUCAAAGGCAAAGGUUGGCAGCUGCAGAUUGGAUGUCAGACAGAUUGCUUGGGUGAGGCAGACAUUCUGAAACGUGCUCCUGUAGUGCACAUGCGAUUUGCGUUGGACAGUGAGAAGCUGCAGGUCUGGAAUUUGUGGGGAGGCCUUAUAUACCUGAUUGCACCACCAAAGAGCAAAGUGAAUGGAGUGGAGGUGGUUGUACAAACAGCCAUAAAAGCACCAUACUACAAAUCUGGACAAACCAGUGUAGCAGACUGGGUGAGGGAGAUCCGUAAUGCACCGGCUCCUUGGACAGAACUUGAGUUUGAAAAUGUAAUCAUUACCCUACAUUCAGACUUCAUACGUAAACUGGACCGUCCUGACAAGGUGGCGGCUGUCUGGGAUUCCAUCAUGAAGGGUGUGGCUGAAUUGGCUGCAAAACCUGCCAAGUUUCCACGCAAGGAACGUUUUGUUGCCGAUGUUCAGAUCUCUGCAGGUUACAUGCAUGCUGGCUACCCUAUAAUGAUUCACUCCACCUCUGUCCCAGAGCUCCUAAACCCAAAGGCAACUCGUACACAGGAUAUUUGGGGAGCCAUUCAUGAAUUAGGCCAUAAUCAGCAGUGCUCUGCGUGGGAGUUCCCUCCACAUACUACCGAGUGCACCUGUAACUUGUGGUCAGUGUAUGUGCAUGAGGAGGUGCUUGGGGUAAACAGGGCAAAGGCUCAUCCAGACAUGACUCCAAAAAAACGAAAGAACAGAGCUAAGAAUUAUGCUAAGGGAGGCAGGAAUCUGGACACAUGGAGUGUCUGGACAGCCCUGGAAACGUACAUGCAGCUACAGGAUAAAUUUGGCUGGGAUGCUUUCAAGAAAGUCUUUGCAGCCUAUCAAAACAUGAAAAAUGUGCCAAACAACAGAGAUGGAAAGAUGAACUUGUAUGCUGAAACAUUUUCAAAGGCAGUGAACAUGAAUUUGACGUCUUUCUUUAAAGCUUGGGGUUGGCCCAUUCAGACCAGCACUGAGGAAACCCUGAAAAAGCUGCCUAAAUGGAGUGACCACCCUAUGGUCCAGUUUGCUUAAUUCCCCAGUCCCAGUAUGCUUGUUGACCCUUUCCCAGUUUGCUUGAUGCCCCAUCCUAAGUAUGCUUAAAUUCCCAUCCCCAGUAUGCUUGAUCCCCCCCAGUCCUAGUUUCCUCAAUGCCCCAGUCUUAGUAUACAUGAUUGCCUAAAAUGUUAUAACUUUAAUGUGUUUUGAGAUUUUUUUUUUUAAGAUGGUUGCCUGAAUAUGAAAAUAAUAGUUAUAAAUAUUAAUAUUAGUGAAAAUAGUUUUAGAGGCAUAUAUAAACAACAUGAUCAAAUAUACAUAAUGGGUAAUUUAUUAGAUUGUUCUAAAAUUGAUGAAUUAUAAUCUCAAAUUGUCAGAUUGUAAUCUACAUUUGGACCUGAAUAUGUUAAUUACACAUAAAUGUAAUAGCUAUUCUGUAGAACCAGCCUGCAUAGCUCUUUAUGCUGUUUGCAAAUAAAGCAUCUUAAAAUAAAA